GUCGCAGUAGAACCAAAAUAAGGAAAACAUCGCCGUUCGGACAAGAAGAAAGCGAUGUGCGUGGCUCGCUCGACUAAAGACAGGACCAAACGCCUUUGUGCAGACAUAAGUUUGAUCAGUUAUAUCUCUUAUAAUCGUUAGAUUAUUAGCUGCUUGCUGCAUUAUAGUCUGCUUUGCAAUCAUUGCUCUGAUAUUUGUUUGAUUGCUGUUGCUGCUUUUGCUUUAAACUAUGGGAAUCCCAAAAUUUUACCGAUGGAUUUCAGAAAGAUAUCCGCUGAUCUCGCAGCUGAUCGAGGGUGACAAGAUUCCAGAAUUUGACAAUCUUUAUCUUGACAUGAACGGAAUCUUGCACAACUGUACCCACAAGGACUCGGACGAUGCGACGUUUCGCAUGACUGAAGAUCAGAUGUUCAUCGCGAUCUUCCGCUACAUUGAUCUUUUGUUUGAAAAAGUCAAGCCCAAGAAACUGUUCUUCAUGGCCAUCGAUGGCGUCGCUCCCCGAGCCAAGAUGAACCAGCAGCGAUCCCGCCGAUUCAGAACCGCGCUCGAUGCCGAGAACGCGCGACAAAAAGCAAUCAGCCAGGGUACCGAGCUCCCGGCCGAGGCCCCAUUUGAUACCAACUCGAUCACCCCUGGAACGGAGUUCAUGGUCAAGCUCAGUACCCAACUGCAUUAUUUUGUUUCGAGAAAGGUGUCUGAGGACUCACGCUGGCAAAACAUCCAGAUUGUGCUCUCCGGUCAUGAGGUGCCUGGAGAAGGUGAGCACAAGAUCAUGGAGUACAUCAGAGCUGCAAAGUCGCAGCCCGAAUACAACGCAAACACUCGCCAUUGUCUGUACGGACUUGAUGCGGAUCUAAUCAUGCUGGGCUUGGUCAGCCAUGAACCCCACUUCUCCCUUCUUCGUGAAGAAGUAACGUUCGGCCCGGCAAGGAACAAACCGAAAGACCUUUUCCGCCAAAAAUUCUUCUUGCUGCAUCUUUCGCUCGUGCGCGAGUAUCUAGAGCUCGAGUUUAAAGAUCUCAAGCAUACUCUAACGUUUCCAUUCGAUAUGGAACAUGUCAUUGAUGACUUUAUUCUUCUUUGCGUAUUCGUCGGAAACGAUUUCUUGCCGAAUCUGCCGCAGCUUCAUAUCAACGAAGGAGCGUUGACGUUUAUGUUUGAGGCUUAUAAGAAAAUCCUACCUCUCUGCAAGGGAUACUUGAAUGACUCUGGUACGAUCAAUAUGGAGACCUUGCGAAUGCUCCUAAAGGAACUGGUUACCUUUGAGUUCAAACUUUUUGAAGCUGAUCACGACGACAAACUAUACUCCGAGUCCAAGUCGACUUCCGAUGGCCGGAAGCCGAGAAACAAGAAGCAAGCUCCUUUGACGAUCACGACCCGCGAGAGUCGUAUUUUCGAGAGCAUUGAAACCUAUGUGAACGUUGCCCAGGAGAGUGAAGAAAGUAAAUGGGAAAUUCCCAGAAACAUUGUCGAGCCGGAGAUUGACUUUAUCAAGACUUUGGCAACAAAACUCUCGCUUGUGUUGACGAUUGACGAUAAGAAUGUGAAACUGACGAUGCCGAGUGUGGAGAAUUCUGACGAGUCUGAUGAGGAGGCUGAGUUUGCCGUGCAGCGCGUGCUCGAGCAGUAUAGAUCUGCAAAGGUCCAAGAAGAAGAUAAAAAGGGCGAGGAGAAGGCACAUGAUGCCGUGAUGAAGCGAUUCAUCGGGUGGAAGGAUGAUUACUACAAGGAGAAAUUUGGCUUUUCGUACCACAACCAGGAAGCUAUGACUGAGCUUUGCAGCAACUAUGUUCAGGGCUUACAAUGGGUUAUGAACUAUUACUACAAGGGUGUCUGUUCAUGGUCAUGGUUCUUCAAAUACCAUUAUGCGCCCCGAGUUUCGGAUAUUUCAAAGGGACUCGAGGCUGAUCUCAACUUCCAGUUCGGCCAACCGUUCAAGCCGUUCCAGCAGCUCAUGGGUGUCAUGCCACCAUUGAGUGACUCUUUGAUUCCUAUGGCCUAUCGGCCCCUUCUACACGAUCCCAAGUCGCCGAUUAUCGACUUUUAUCCUCUUGAGUUUGAACUUGAUCUCAACGGCAAGAAGAUGGACUGGGAAGCAGUCGUCAAGAUCCCGUUUGUGGACGAGGGCAGAUUGCUGAAGGCAAUGGCGGCCCAUGACAAAGAAUUGACUCCGGGAGAACGGAAGCGCAAUACCUUUGGCAAGAUGAUUCAGUUUAAGUACGACAACUCGGUGGAUUCGAUCUAUGAGUCGUCUCUGCGUGAUGUCUUCCCUGAUAUCGACCACAACCACUGCAGCAUCACGGAGUACGAAUUUCCGCCGAUGGAAGGAAAAGUGUACAAGAGCUGUCUUAGCCCUGGCGCUCUGCUGGGCGGAGAUUUGCUUGCUGGAUUCCCAAGUCUAAAGACUAUCCCAUUUACGGCUGAGUUGACGACGAGGCACUCUGUUUGUGUCUUUGAGCGGGAUAGUCGCAGCGAGGCGAUGGUGAUCUCUAUCGAAAAUCAAUUUGAGAACACUACGGUUGAAGAUAUUGCGGAGAAGUUGCUUCAUCAGUCUGUGUAUGUUGGAUACCCGUACCUUCGAGAGGCGCAGGUCAUCUCGGUGUCGGAUGAGCUAUUCAACUAUGCGAAGCUCACUGUGCAAGGACGGCAAGAGAUUCGACCGACGUCUAACGGUCAGGAGGAGAUUCAAAGAUAUUUCAGGAAAACAGGGGAGGCAUACAAGAACUAUGCCCGUCAUGGAGUUGAUAUCGGGGCGACGGCGGUUGCGAUCACGGUCCGCUUGCUAAAGGGAUUGAAACAGCUUCCUAGCGGGGCGUUGGUGAAGGAGUUUGAUACUGAUUUGGAGAAAGAAGCAGUGGUUCCAGUGCAGACGUUGCUGACGUCGGUUGUCAAUGAGGACCAGCGAUUUGUCGAGAGAUCGGCGCCGAAGGUCGACGAGCAGUAUCCCGUCGGCACGCGUGGCUUCUACUUGGGUCCUGAAGCGUAUGGCCGACCAUUGCAGGUGGUGAAGAUCAGUGACGCCUCACACGUUGAUGUUGCAGUGAAUAUUGCAAAGUAUGCGAACGACACUGGGUUCGGAGUGGCGAUUGCGCGUGAGGAGCAGGCGAAGAUGGUUUACUUCACGUCUAUUGAAGUGUGUCGUGAAUUGGGUCUUCCGAUGCUGUUGUUGAGUAAGAUCACUGCGAGCUUUUCGGCCACGUUUGAUGGCUCGAAGAACACAAAUCUGGGGUUGAAUCUUAAGUUUGAGUCGAAGAAGUUGAAGGUGUUGGGGUACACCAGACGAGCGGCGACGGGGUGGGAAUACAGUCUGCAGGCCAAGGAAUUGGUCAAGGAGUAUAUGACCAGGUUUCCUCGUUUGUUCCAGGGACUUAUAAAGGAGAUGCAUACUGAUCGGCCUGAUAUUGCUGUUCUUCUUGGGUCUGAGCAUGCUGCAAAGGAGCAAUUGCCGGCUAUCAAAGCCUGGCUAAAGUCGAAGGAAUCGGUCCGGAUGGAGCGCGUGCCGCUUGACUCCGAGCAGCUACUUCCGGAUGCGGUGCAAAAGAUUGAAUCCACUGUUGACAAGAUCCUACAGAUGGACGCGAGCACGGAGAUCAAGAUGCUGAAGCAUGUUGUGCCGUCUGUGUUGUUCAAGCCUGCGGAUGCGAUUCACAAGCUACAGAAUCAAAAGUUCCAGCUUGGGGACCGUGUUCUGUACGCGAAGGAUACCGGAAACGUGCCGAUUGCGAGCACGGGUACGGUGAUUGGAAUUUCGACUAUUGACGGAAGAAAAGUGCUGGACGUGGUGUUCGACUACACUUUCCUCGGGGGUAUCACGCUUAGCGGACGGUGCUCUGAGGACCGGGGUAUGACUGUUGAAGGCUCGUCUGUAAUUAAUUUGACGAACAGACAGGUUGGAAAUAGCGGUAGCCAUCGGUCUUCGCCACCGCCGCAACAGCACCAGCAGCAUGGCGCGCAGCGCGGGCGUGGUGGCGCGAAUGCAGGUGGUAGAGGCCGAGGUGGGCCGGCUAAUGGCCGCGGAGGAGCUCAGACUGGCCGCGGUGGGUAUCCGUCUGGACAUGCGGGAGUGCUCCAUGUUGCGCGCGGGGGAGGGCAGCCUACGAGGGGAAGAGGAGGUAGGCCCAGGCAGGAAGUUUAGUUGUGAGUAAAUUUUAAGUACUUGACGCGUGGCGUGUAUGUGCGUCAGGGCUGAGAAUAAUAAAAGAUAUAAAAUUACAAUG